UGGUCGGGGGAGUGUGUGCGGCGGCCGGGUACAGUGAUAUUAGUGCAAAACCCAAUUAAAAGUGGAUUUAUAAGCUUAAAUAGUGAUAUGUGUUGAUUUCUGGAUUAUUUACUGCUGCACCCAUGGAUGGACUGGUCGUGUCGAGGAGCGCGGGCGGCGUGGGCGUAUUAGAGAGUGUAGUUUGGGCGUUCUAGUGCCGCCCGGGACACACUACAACAGCAGCAGAAGACCCAUGAAAGUGUUGCUACAGUGAGCGCUCGUUCUCAGUGCUGUGGGGCCCGGGGCGAGACCCUCUCCGGCUGCCCACAGUGUUGUGCAAUAAGUGUGGUGGCCAUUGUGGUUGUGGCAGUGUGGUGGUGGCAGUGUUGGUGGUGGCAUUGUGGUGCGCGAGUGUGGUGGUGCGUGAGCAAGGAGCAGUGAUGCACCGACAUGUGUGAGCAGUGCCGCCUCGGGGAGGAGGGGGACGUCGGCGACCCCUCCGGUCCCGCUUCCCCCGUGCCGCCCUGCUGCUACUGCUGCCGGGGACGCCUACGGGACAUAACCACGCCGACCCCAGCGCUCAAUACUAGAAGAGCAGGGGCGAGAGUGACCGGUGCAGUGGCCAAAGGGAGUGAGCGGCAUGACACAACAGUUAAUGAAAGAACAGUAAGGGGCCCAUACAGGACUCAAUCGAGGGCGGCUAUGUUGGCUCUGCUAUUGGUCUUUGUCAUCUGUCCCGCAACCUGUGAAUACGUGCGGGAAUUUGAAGUGUCAGAGGGCGUGGCAAUAGGAACCAAUAUUGGUUACAUCGGCGACAGUAACCCAGGACAACCGCUGCCGCCGCCGCCGCCAUACUUGAUAGUACCGGUGCCAGGUAGCGCCGUGGACUCAGACCUCAGAAUCGAGCAGGACACGGGUGAGAUCAAAACCAAGGUAGUCCUGGACCGCGAGCUGAGGUCCUCUUACUCUCUGGUGGCCAUUCCACACUCGGGCGAAAACAUAAGGGUUCUCAUAAAAGUCAAAGACGAGAACGACAACGCCCCCACCUUCCCUUCUGCUGUUAUGAACAUUGAAUUUCCAGAGAACACUCCACGCGAUGUGAAGCGCACGUUGGCACCAGCACGGGACAAAGACCUUGGCAUCUUCAAUACCCAGCGUUAUCGUAUUGUGUCCGGUAAUGUGAACAACGCCUUUCGACUCUCCUCCCACCGUGAGAGAGAUAGCGUCCUCUAUCUCGACCUACAGAUCAACGGAUUCUUAGAUCGUGAGACCACAGCAUUUUAUUCAUUAUUAAUCGAGGCUUGGGAUGGUGGAUCUCCGCCCCUGAAGGGUUCCAUGACCGUCAACAUCACCAUUCAGGAUGUCAACGACAAUCAGCCUAUCUUCAAUCAGAGUCGAUACUUUGCUACAGUGCCGGAAAAUGCAACGAUUGGUACUUCUGUUUUGCAGGUCUUGGCUACAGACACUGACGCGGGGAACAACGGGAAAAUCACCUACUCUAUCAAUCGUCGUCAGAGUGACCGAGAAAACAUGUUCCAGAUCGACCCCAAGUCUGGAGUCAUUUCUGUCAACAGGCCUCUGGAUUUUGAGACAAAGGAGGUUCACGAAUUGGUGGUGGUUGCUCGCGACAACGGUGACCAACCCCUGGAGACCACUGCCUUCGUUUCCAUCCGUGUCAUUGAUGUCAACGACAACCAGCCCACCAUUAACCUCAUCUUCCUCUCCGACGACGCAACACCUAAGAUAUCCGAAGAUGCGCAGCCGGGAGAGUUCGUGGCUCGGAUCUCGGUGAAUGAUCCCGACUCUAAGGAAGAGUAUGCCAACGUGAGUGUUACCUUGGAAGGCGGGGAGGGUCACUUUGAUCUCACCACGCAGGACAGUAUUAUCUACCUUAUGGUAGUUUCGCGGCCAUUAGACCGCGAAUUGAAACCCAACUACACGCUAGUGGUGUUCGCUACUGAUAUGGGUAAUCCGCCACUCCAUGCCUCUCGGAAGUUUGACUUGCAAGUCACAGAUAUGAACGAUAAUGCACCAGAGUUCGAUCAGACUGUGUACUAUGCUAACGUGUUGGAGGUGGCCGACCCGGGCACCUCCGUGUUCCAACUGUCAGCGUUAGAUCGAGACGAAGGGAACAAUUCCGUGAUCACAUACUCGAUUCGAGACACUCCUGAGACUCACUCAAACUGGUUCAAGAUAGAUUCUCGGACAGGACUGAUCACGACGCGGACUCACGUUGACUGCGAAACUGAACCAGUGCCACAAAUCACCGUCAUAGCUACGGACUCUGGGUCGCCUGCAUUGUCCUCCUCGGCAACCGUCAAGGUCACUAUCCGCGAUGUUAAUGACAACGAACCCAUCUUUGACCAGAGCUUCUAUAACGUUUCCGUCCAGGAAUCGGAAGCCGUCGCCAACUGCAUAUUAAAGGUGAGUGUCUAAAGUAGUACAGUAUUU